AUGGGAAUUAGUAUUAAUAACCGUUUAUCAUUUUUUGUUGAAUAUAAAAAACUAAAAUCAAAUGAAGAAACUAUCAAAAAAAACGAUGAUACUCAAAAUUCUGAUUAUGAUGCAAAUAAAUCAAGAGGACCAAAUAAUAUUAGUAAAAUUUUUGAUUCAUCGAAGUCACCAAAAUUUGGUAUUGUGUACCAAUGGAUCAUUGGAAGUAAAAAAUCAUUUGAAGAAGAGAAAAAAAAUAUUAAAAGUUUUAAAAUUAAAGAUACCAUUUUAAAAAAUAAUGUAUUAAAUCAACUUAAAGAAAAAUGGAAAAAUCAAAAAAUAAAUAUAUCACUUUUAAUAUUUGCCUAUGAGUUUAAAGAAUUUUCGUUAUUGGGAUUAGAUACUUUAGGUAAAAGAUUAAAUUUUCAAUAUGAAAUGUCAAUUCUUUUAAGAAAACUUGACCCAUCAUUAAUGGUAUCUUUUCUAUUAGUAGACCCAAAUUUUUUAGAAAAGAAUGUUGAACAAGUUAAUGACGCAUUAUUAAAGUUUUCACUAGAAGAUAAACCAUCCAACUAUUCCUACUAUAAUGAUCUAUCUGAAAUAUUCAAGAGACAUAAUAUCAAUGGAGUCGCAUUAUUAUCAUUAAUGGAAGAAGAUCUUAUAGAAUCAUUAGGAAUUGUUGAUGAUAAUUUAAAAACCUCUUUUUUCACUUUUUACCAUUCAAUAUUUAAAUCCUAA